CAAAAAUUUAAUGUUCUAAACUCAAUCAUCCCCUCUCUCUCUCUCUCUCUCUCUCUAUCUACUGUCGUCAACGAGUUUUACUAUUUUCACAUCAAGUCCCUCUAAAACCCCUCAUUCACAAAAACAACCCAAAACUACAAAUCUCUGAAAUUCCGCUGGCGAUAAUUUCAUCACUCGAUUUCAACUAUUCGCCCACCGCUGUGGAUAUCUAGAUUUUGUUUCUGCACCUUUUCUCAUUUUUUGUGCUGCCGUCGUUUUUUCCCCCUUUCCGUUUUCCCUAGGGUUUCAAUGAGGAAUUAGGAUUUUUUUUUUUAUAAGGUUAGCUUUUAGCUUUUGUUUUAAUGGAGGCCCCGCCUGCUGUACCCACCAUCAACCGGAAUGGCGGAUUAUCGAUGCCGCCGUUAUCGUCGUCUUCCUCCCAGCCUCCUCGCAGGGAGUGGCGUGCCGUGUCGGAGCAAUCGGUUCGAAACUCCGGCGGCGAGGAGUUGGAGCGUUCGAAACUAGUUCAGUCUGAUGAGAGAUUGAUAUACGAGGUACAGCAUGGGAGAGAGCAACUGGAUGUGAAUUUUUGCUCGAUUACUAUUGAUGGAGGUUUGGGCAAUGAUAUUUUGCAGCAGAGGCUUCACACAGUGGCUAAACAAAGGGAGGAGUUGCAGCACAUGGAGAUUGAGCUGCGGGCGCAGGUCAUUGCAAGAUCCGAAGUAUUGGGAAUGCAGAAUUCCUUCGAUAAUCAGAUAAAAGAGCAUGCAAAUGCCAAUGCUAAACUUCAGGAGCAAUUGCAUGAAAAGGAACAGAAGAUACGUGAGCUGGAGAGAAGGAUGGAUGAAAAGGAAAGAGAGUUGCAUGCUAUUAGAUUGGAUAAUGAAGCGGCUUGGGCAAAAGAGGAUCUUCUACGAGAACAAAGCAAAGAGCUGCAGAGCUACAUGAGGGAGAGGGAUAAUACUGAAUCUGAAAGAUUGCAACAUAUUAAACAAAUCCAUGAUCUUCAGGAACAUAUGCAAGAGAAAGAUCGCGUGUCUAUGGAACUGCAGGAACAGCAUAGGAUUGCUCAAGAAACCAUUCUUUUUAAAGAUGAGCAGUUGCGAGAGGCACAGGCCUGGAUGACACGUGCCCAGGAAAUGGAUGCUUUGCAGUCAACUACUAACCACACUUUACAAGCUGAACUGCGAGAACGCACAGAACAUUAUAAUCAGCUCUGGCUUGGUUGUCAAAGACAGUUUGGUGAGAUGGAAAGGCUUCAUUUGCAUAUACAACAGCUCCAGCUUGAAUUGGCCGAUGUAAGAGAAAAGAGUGGAAGUAACGUGGAUGGUUCGCUUAUCUCCCAGACAAACUUGAAAGAUACUUCUGAACUUGAAAAGACAAACGGAAGGCAGCUGGAGGUGAUCGUUGAUGAGUCACCAAGUACAAAUGCUGGUAGCUUACAAGGAAACUCUGAAAGUGCUUCUGUGGGAAACACAUCAACACAGGCCGAUCAUGUUCAAGUUGUUGCAUUUGGUCCUUCAUCUCUACUGGGUAUGCCUACCUACGUUCCAACUGGACAGGUAACUGCUUUGCAUCCAUUUGUAAUGCAUCAACAAGGUGUCCCUCACCCAUCACAUAUGCAACCUCAUUUUCACUCCAUUCAGAACUGGCAGAACCAGCAGGUUCAGCCUGAUGGUCAUCAUGUGCCUAGCCAUAACCAUUAUCCUCAAGAACCCGAACAAAGCUUGUUGAGAAUUGAUCCCCAUUAUGAUUAUGAAGCUUCUGGGAAUCAGCAAACUCAUGCAAACUACGCGGAGACUAAUGUAAAUCGAGAGUUGGAUGCUGAUUCUGUGGUCCCAUCUGCAAAUGGAGAGGAACAGGUUCUUGACUCUAUUGAUAAAACUUAUGACACAAUCCAAUAUCCGGAAAACUUGCACCAAAUCUCUUCCCAGUUUCGUGAGGCUCUUAGUUUGGGUCCUCUUGAACGUGGCAAUGUCACUAAGGAGAAGCAAGUGAACCCAGCCAAUGAACACUCCAGUCUUGCUGUCAAUGCUUCUGCAUCUGAAGCAUUGGCUAAUGCUAGAAGUUUCAGCGAAACAAUUCCCGAUAAUGCGAGGAAUGCUGAUUUGACUGAUGCUGCUGCUGGGCAGAAAAAUAACAUAGUAGGAAAGCCUGCGGAAAGUUAUCUACUUGAUGAAAGAGCAUUACUAGCUUCGAUAGCUCGAACAAUAGGAUCUAGUGGCAGAAUUAAAAUUAGUUCAACUCUUUCCAACAGACUUGGAAAAAUGCUUGCCCCUCUUCACUGGCAUGAUUACAGAAAGAAGUACGGAAAGCUUGAUGAUUUUGUGGCCGGUCAUCCUGAAUUAUUCUUUAUUGAGGGGGACUACAUUCAGCUUCGUGAAGGGGCCCAACAAAUAAUAGCUGCUACAGCAGCUGUUGCUAAAGUUGCUGCAGCUGCAGCUGCGGCUCCAACUUCGUACUCAUCUUUGUUGCCGUCUGUAGCAGUCACUCCCAUGUCACAGUCACACAGACUGAAGAAAGCCCCAUCACUCGAAACCUCUUCUGUGGACUCUGAUAGGGUCAGUUUUAACGAGUUUACGGGGCCUAGACCUAUGAAUAUGGAGAACCGUCCUUCUCAGUUCCCAAACGGUAGUUCGUUUAAUGUUGCUGGAGGAACCACCUCAAAUGUUAAGAUUCUAAGUAAAGCUAACAUGGAAUUGAAUGGCUCCGAGAUAAGAGUUGGCCGUUCUACACUGCUACCAAUCGGAAACGCAACCAACUCUGAGAGAAGUGAUUUUUCUCAAACCAAGGGUGCCUCUCAUGGUAGGCCUCGUGGAAGUUCGGUUGGGAAACAACAGAACAGGGCGGUUGGGGCUGCGUCAUCAAGUCAGAGAAGAUAGUUAGUUUUGGAUCUCAUAUACAAGUACGCCGUUACUAAAUUAUUGGGCACCAAGUGUCUCCUCGAAGAAUGUGACUGGUGGAGGGAUGUAGUAUCUGAAGUUCAAUCCUCCAGUUAAUUUUGCAAUAUUGAUACAAAAAAAUUACUGGUUUACAACAUUAUAUUAUUCUGUUAGAUUGGAAAAAACUUUAUUUAUUUAUUUUUCUGUAUUGCUCAACAGUCUCUGGUAACUAUGCAUUUAAAUUGCAUCUCAUGAUAUUUUGGUGCACCAUCCAGCAUUUCAGUACUUAGUUAUUGAGAAAAUGGUGCUAGUUUUUGUAAUGACUGAACCAAUUGGCCCUUCUAUUUUCAUCCAUCACUACCCCCUUUUUAUUCAGGAAUUUUCUUCCGGGGUCGAGAAAUCUGACGUUAACCUC